AUGGACCUUGGGAACAGAAGAAGAAUCCACUGCAACAUGAGACUCACCUACUCUCUGCUAAUCAUGGGAGCAUUCUGCAUGACACCCUUCCUCUGCCAUAGCCAAAUUGAUCCACUAGCUCUUGGACGAGCAGACCCCCAGUGUUGGCAAUCCUCCUCAGCUGUCUUACUGGAGAUGAGAAAACCUCAUAUUUCUGACUCUGUCAGUGGCUUUUGGGACUUCAUGAUCUUCCUGAAAUCAUCAGAGAACUUGAAACAUGGGGCUUUGUUCUGGGACCUGGCUCAGCUCUUCUGGGAUAUCUACGUGGACUGCGUGCUCUCCAGAACCCAUGGCCUAGGGAGAAGGCAGCUAGCAGAAGCUGAACCAAAGAUUGCUAGUCUACGUUCUCAAUUUACAGGGAGAAACCAAGGGAUAUUUCCUCAUAUUCAGAGGUCGCCAGUUCUGAAGAAGAAAGACUCGAUUGAAGAUUUAAUAAGCAUCCACAUGCAUAAGAGCAGAUCUAUGUUACUUGGAAGAAUCACUGAAGAGCUAGGGAAAAAGAAGAAAUGA